AUGCUGCACCAUGGGAAGCACUGGAGGUCCAUGUGCAAGGGGCUUGUCCUGGGGACCCUCCUGACCAGCUUCAUGCUGCUGCUCUACUCCUAUGCCAUCCCCCCACUGCAAGUCAGCAUGACAGAGUGAGUGCUCCCCGUCCCCGCCUCCUGCUCCUCCUACCCGGCUGCCAGUAAGGUGCCGGCAGCGCCCAGCAACGGUACGGGCAGCCCGUCGGGCCGGAGCUGCUCUCCCAAACUCAACAUCAUGUUCAUGAAGACCCACAAGACGGCCAGCAGCACCAUCCUCAACAUCCUCUUCCGCUUCGGGGAGAAGCACGGCCUGAAGUUCGCCUUCCCCAACGGCCGCAACGACUUCUACUACCCUGCUUUCUUUGAGCGCAGCCAGGUGCAGCACUACCGGCCGGGCGCCUGCUUCAACAUCAUCUGCAACCACAUGAGGUUCCGCCACCGCGAGGUGCGCAGCCUCCUGCCGCCCGACGCCGCCUUCGUCACCGUGCUGCGGGACCCUGCCUACCUCUUCGAGUCCUCCUUCCACUACUUCGGCCGCAUCAUCCCCCUCACCUGGAAGCUGGCCGGGGAGGACAAGCUGGCCGAGUUCCUCCGGGACCCCUGGCACUACUACGACCCCAACGGGUUCAACGCUCACUACCUCCAAAACCUCCUCUUCUUCGACCUGGGCUACGACAACAACAUGAACGCCGAGAGCCCGCUGGUGGAGGAGCACAUCCGGGAGAUCGAUCGCCGCUUCCACCUCGUCAUGUUGCUCGAGUACUUCGACGAGUCUCUGGUGCUGCUGAAGGACCUGCUGUGCUGGCAGCUGGAGGACGUCCUCUACUUCAAGCUCAAUGCUCGGAAGGGCUCCACCGUCUCCCGGCUGACGCCGGAGCUCUACGAGAAGGCCACCUCCUGGAACCUCAUCGACGCCAAGCUCUACCGCUACUUCAAUGCCACCUUCUGGCGGAAAGUGGAGGCCUACGGCAGGGAGCGGAUGGCCAAGGACGUGGCCGAGCUGCAGCGGGAGAACGAGAAGAUGAAGAGCAUCUGCAUCGACGGGGGGCACCCCGUGGAUGCCAGCGCCAUCCAAGAGUCCUCCAUGCAACCCUGGCAGCCUCUGGGGGAGAAAUCCAUCCUGGGCUACAACUUGAAGAAGAAGAUCAACAAGAAGCACCAGAAGCUGUGCCGCAAGAUGCUGACGCCUGAAAUCCAGUACCUGACUGACCUGGGGGUCAACCUCUGGAUCACCAAGCUGUGGAGCCACGUGAGGGACUUCCUGAAGUGGUAG